UGAUGUCAGACGAUCCAGAGGCAUCCUGAUUGGCGAAAGCGGUGUCAGUGUGGAGUAAACAAGGCAGCUAGGAAAGGUUUGAACUUCAGAUCUCAACACAUCACAGAUAGGGUCAGACGCAGCACAGACGGGGUAUUUUUUGUGUUACUCUAAAGUUGCUAACAGUUCGCUAACUCCAGUUUAAAGACCAAUGUCCGAAUGUCGAAGGGGCACUGGAGGCUAAGGAAGUUAUCGAAACAACCGCAAGAGGCGUGAUGGUCUCCAAAUAUAACGUGCAUUUCUUAAUUCAUUGAUAUCUGUGUAGAUCAGAUAUACUUAAUUGCUAAAGAGAAGCGUUAUUAAACCGACGUUUCUCCCUCCAUUGCAUUGGGGUUAACGAGCUACGUAUUUGAUUCAUUCCGUCUGGGUUAUUCUAUUUUAGGUUCUAAUUAUCACUUCAAGAAAUGAACUUAAUAUAUUUCGACCGGUUUUCAUUGCAAACUGUCGGGUAUGUAGUAAUCUUGCUUUAGGUAUAAAACCGACCACGCAGAGCUGAGCCAUACACAGGAUUUGGGGAGAUAGUCAGAGUCUGUAGUGUCCCUCUCGCGUCCAGGUGGCCUUCCGGACGGAGCGGAGACUCCAGCUGAGCGUAGCAGCGCUGUCAUGCUGCCCAAAGUCGAGACGGAAUCACUGGGACUCGCUCGAUCGCAUGGGGAACAGGGGCACAUGCCUGGAAACAUGCAAGCCCCACAGUUUAAAAUGAUGGACUACGCCUAUGAUGAAGACCUGGAUGAGAUGUGUCCUGUGUGUGGAGACAAGGUUUCUGGAUACCACUAUGGGCUGCUGACCUGCGAGAGCUGCAAGGGCUUCUUCAAGCGAACCGUUCAGAACAAUAAGAGGUACACGUGUAUAGAGAACCAGAGCUGCCAGAUCGACAAAACGCAGAGGAAGCGCUGUCCCUACUGCCGCUUUCAGAAGUGUCUCACUGUCGGCAUGAAGCUGGAAGCUGUGAGGGCGGACCGCAUGCGAGGGGGCCGUAACAAGUUUGGGCCGAUGUAUAAGCGCGACCGGGCCCUCAAGCAACAGAAGAAGGCACUGAUCCGAGCAAACGGACUCAAAAUCGAAGCCAUGACUCAGGUGAUGCAGAGCGUGCCCACGGACCUGACGAUAUCUUCGGCCAUCCAGAACAUCCACUCUGCCUCCAAGGGCCUACCUCUAAGCCACGCUGCCUUGCCCCCCACAGACUACGACCGCAGCCCCUUCGUCACCUCGCCCAUCAGCAUGGCCAUGCCCACGCACGGGGGCCUGCAGAGCUAUCAGGCCUACAGCCACUUUCAGAGCCGCACCAUCAAGUCCGAGUACCCCGACCCCUACACCAGCUCGCCCGAGUCCCUCAUGGGCUACCCCUACAUGGACACGUACCAGACCAGCUCCCCGCACGGCUUCCCCCACCUCAUCGUGGAACUGUUGAAGUGCGAGCCCGACGAGCCCCAGGUGCAGGCCAAGAUCCUGGCCUACCUGCAGCAGGAGCAGGCCAGCCGGGGGAAGCACGAGAAACUCAACACCUUUGGUCUUAUGUGCAAAAUGGCCGACCAGACCUUGUUUUCCAUCGUCGAGUGGGCAAGGAGCAGCAUAUUCUUCAGAGAGCUAAAGGUUGACGACCAAAUGAAGCUUCUUCAGAACUGCUGGAGCGAGCUCUUAAUUCUCGAUCAUAUUUUCCGACAAGUGGUGCACACAAAAGAGGGCUCCAUCCUCCUGGUUACAGGUCAACAGGUGGACUACGCCGUGAUUGCCUCCCAAGCUGGAGCCACUCUGAACAACCUCAUGAGCCACGCACAGGACCUGGUGGGGAAGCUGCGCUCCUUGCAGUUUGACCAGAGGGAGUUCGUCUGCCUCAAGUUCCUGGUUCUCUUCAGCCUGGACGUGAAGAACCUGGAGAACUUCCACCUGGUGGAGAGCGUGCAGGAGCAGGUGAACGCGGCUCUGCUGGACUACACCAUGUGCAGCUACCCCCAGCAGACGGACAAGUUCGGCCAGCUCCUGCUGAGGCUGCCGGAGAUCCGGGCCAUCAGCCUGCAGGCCGAGGAGUACCUGUACUACAAGCACCUGAACGGGGACGUGCCCUGCAACAACCUGCUCAUCGAGAUGCUGCACGCCAAGCGUGCCUGAGGCCCCGCCCGCCGCAGUCGACACCCCCGCCUCCGUCCACCCACCCCUUUCCCGCAAAUUCUUGCCACCCCACGCCAGUUUCCUCAUCUCACCAACCUCCCCCCCACUCCCACCCCCAGUCAGACA